UGUAUUGGCCGCAAAAGGAGGUCCUACACCAUACUAAUAAAUUAUUGUGGUCUAAAACCAGGUGUUUCAGUUUCAUUGUCCAACCCCUGUAUGCUUGGGCAAAAUGAGGGAUUGCUUUAAGACAAGAAUUGAUGGAAUCUGCAAUACUUCCUUAAAUGGUUCACUUUUUACCAAGUCGCAUUAUAUGAUCAACUGCCUAAAACUUUGUUGUAAUAUUAUUUGGAGUGAAAUUAGAUCUAACUCAAUAUGAAUCAAACUAUAUGUAUUAAAACUGAUUGUAUUAAAAUUAUGUGGGCGAAUCCAAUUUGGUUUCUUUAUAGUUGAAUAAGAAUUAUACCCGUUUGUUUUGUAUUAAGCCUUAAUAAGCCCAAUAAGAUUACAUUUAUUGGGAGCUAAAGCUAUAUAAACAAACGCCGCAAAUAAAAUCUGCAAAAUUCACAACAUAUUAACAGAUCUUAAGGGGCAGUUUGUAAGCCUGAUAUUCCUCCGCACUUCUGUGUAAUACGUCCUCUAAAAACAAUAGUCCACAAAAUGAUACAGAUAUCAGACUAUUACCCGGAUCUGAUUAGAGACUGAGCUACGGUAAGAGCAGAUGUUUAAAUCUGACAGCUAUGUCUAACUCACAAAUCUCAAAAAAGGAGCCGUUUUCAACAAAAACAAUAAAUAAGAUCCGGUUGCAGAGACAGGAAGCGAGGAGAUACUCAUGGCGCCCGACUAGAAAGAAUCGACAAUUAUCGGUUGCUAUGUAGUGAUCUACUCUGCGCUUCUACGUUACAGGAUACUCGUCUCCUCAAAAAUACAGGUUAUGGAUUCAGAGGAGAAUGAGGUGGAAAGCAGCAGUGAUGCUGGCCCAUCGGGGAUGGAGGAGCCGUCUGAAAGCGGCAUGGGCAUGGAAUCAUCAGAGGCGAUGUCUGCAGACAGCAGUGAUGCUGCUGCCUCCCAUGCACAGGCCCCAGAGUCAGACUGUCAUGUGGGACAGAGCUCAGAAGGACUUGUGGCCUUUAUCCCCGAGACCAGCUCCAGUACAGAUGUCAGAGUUUCUUCAGUUCAUCUUCCAGACUCGUCUUCCGUGGCUCAGUCCACCAGCGUGUCCAGUGUCUCCACAGUGACCCAGUCAGUGCUGGUGUCUGAAUCGGCUCAAGUGCUGGUCCACUCGAGUGCUGUGUCUGACGGAGCCAUGAUGGUUUCUGACUCCACUGCCUCUACCUCAUCAGAUCUGGGGUCUGCCAUCGACAAGAUCAUAGAGUCCACCAUCGGUCCCGAUGUCGUGAAUGGUUGUAUAGCAGUGACCAGUGCAGAGGAUGGAGGCGCAGAAACUACCCAGUAUCUGAUUUUACAAGGACCAGAUGACGGGGCUCCUAUGGUAGCCCAGAUGUCAUCUUCAGCCAUGUCCAAUCGUGUAGCCAUAGAGGCUCAUGCUGAAGGUCCCACAUCCACCUGCCAAGAUCAGGGAGACCCGCAGGGCAGUCUUGAACCAGACCAGCCUGAUGAUCAUCCGGGACACUCUGGUUACAGAGAAGAGAGCAGCAGCCAGCCCGAUCAGCCCCAACAUUCCCACCCUUCCCAGUAUAUAGACUGCAGCGCGGAUGGUCCGGACCAGACUGAGGAGUCUUCAUCAUCAUUUCUUGAUUGUUCGGGUGAGGAACCUGACCAGACUCGCUCCCAGACAGGCUUUCCUGACUACAGUGGAAAUAACAGUGACCAGGACCUGCCUGGAUACGUGGAAUACAGUGGAGCUGACUCAAACCCCACCAGCAGAAGUCACUACAUGGUCGAUUGCAGUACCGGGUAUCUUCAGCGUGCAGCAGAUGGGAGAGAACAGCCGCAUCAUUCACGCAGCUACAUUGACAGCAGCGCAGACCACCGGACCCAGACGAGUCGACAGUACUCAGGAGAGUCUCGAGAGGAAUGUGUUCCAGACUCUGAGCAGCCUGGCUGUUCGCGCUAUCAAGCAAGACAUGACAAUAAUGAUGAUGAUGAUGAUGAGCAGAACCAGGAUCCAGAUCAGCCACAGCACUCUCAGCAGCAACCACAGCACUCCUGUUAUACAGAGAACAGCAACGGCCCCGAGGCGUCCCUCUAUCAUGAUGACAGCUCCUCAUCAGACCACCCGCUUGCAGACACAGCAGGAACAGGUGGACUUCCUGACGCACUGGAAUGUAAUGAGAGUCAACCUGGUCUGUACAUCAGCAGCAGUGGCACGUAUGCUUCUAAUCAAGAACCUGAACCAGCCCAGCAGAGCUCCCCCAGCCGAGAGGAACCUCAAGGCUCCCAGGAUGAAUCAGGGUUCUCCAGAGACAUGGACACAUCAACCUUGGCGGGGGGUUCUGGAGACCACCAGCCAAACCUAGCUGAGUUAGAGGAGAUGAUGGAGGUGGUGAUUGUACAGCAGUUCAAGUGCAAGAUGUGUCCAUAUAAAAGUGUUUCCAAAGACACACUCAUCAACCACAUGAGGGACAAACACUUUAAACCUGCUGGUGAAAUGCCAAAGAAACGGAAACGUGGGCGACCUCCUAAAAGUGAGACAUUAGCUCGUCAAAAAGCAGAGCGAGAGGAGGCAGAAAGAAGGAAGGCAGAAGAUGUGAAGGCUGCCGUGAGGCAACAACCAGAAGAAGAAGAGGAUGACAUUGUGGACGCUGGUGCCAUCGAUGAUCCAGAAGAGGAUAGCGAUUACAACCCAGUAGAUCAGGACAUCAAAGGAAGACCUCCUGCUUUUCUGAAGAAACCUGCUACUCCUAUCUCCUCCUCUUCUGAAGGGCGUCCUAGACGAAAGGUCGGCCGCCCGAGGAAGUACAACGUUUCUGGGGAAGGCCACAGCAGCAAAGAAGCAGAAAGCAUCUCUAAGUGGUCCAGGCUUAGUGUGGAUCCCUCUGCAUGUGAGGAGGCGAGCUCUUCCGGUUUGGGCCAAGGUCUGGGUAGAGAGAUUAACGAGGACACAGCUGAGGCAGCAAUAAGCCAGUCUGACUCUGAGAACAAAGACCCUUCAUCAAACUCCCAGCCAGAGGAGGAGUUCCUUCCGAGGAAACGCGGUAGACCAUCGAAGCGCUUUCUGCGCAAGAAAUAUAGGAAGUACAUAAAUCGCAAUCGGUACUAUAAAUCCCUCAAACCUCUGCUGCGACCCCACAACUGCUGGAUCUGCGGCUCGCGCUUCCUCACUCAGGAGGACCUGCGCUUUCAUAUCGACUCUCACGAAGGCAAUGACCCAGAGCUCUUUAAGUGCCUGCAGUGCAGCUAUCACUGCAAGCGCUGGUCUUCACUGAAGGAACAUAUGUUCAAUCACGAGGGCACAAAGCCAUUUAAAUGUGAGAUGUGUGACUACUCUAGUGUUUACAAGAAAGAUGUCCUUCGACACUCAGCAGUUCAUAGCAAAGAGAAGAAAAGAAAAAAAGAGUUGGCUCCCAAGGUGUUAGAGUUCCCCUGCCCUGUCUGUGGCAAGGUGUACCCCAUGCAAAAGAGACUGACCCAGCACAUGAAAACCCACAGCUCAGAGAAGCCACACAUGUGUGACAAGUGUGGAAAAUCCUUUAAGAAGAGGUACACGUUCAAAAUGCACUUAUUGACCCACAUCCAGAGUCUUGGAGAUAAGUUUAAGUGCGAGUUUUGUGACUAUUCUUGUGAAAACAAGAAGCUGCUACUCAACCAUCAGCUCUCCCACACCAACGACAGGCCUUUCAAGUGUGACUACUGCAAAUAUUCCACUUCCAAAGAGGAGUUCCUGGUCUCACACAUGGCCAUCAAACACACAGGGGAGAAGCCUUUCUCUUGUGACAUGUGUCACUUCACAACCAAGCACAGGAAGAACUUGCGUCUCCAUGUGCAGUGUCGCCACCCGGAGGCCUUCGACGAGUGGUCUCUGGCUCACCCCGAGGAGCCAGUGAGAAGACAACGGAAACCCUUCUUCACCCUGCAGGAGAUAGAGGAGCUCAAACAACAGCACGACGACAAUCCGACAUUACAGAACACUAUAAUUACUGUGGAUCCUGAGACACUACAAGCUAUGCAGGGGAUAGAAAAUGCUUCAGUUACCCAGGAUGCAAUGGGAAAUACAACUAUUAUCUAUGAACACGCUGAAUCUGGUGGUCUGUCUGCUCAAAAUGCCCUGGAUUUGUUGCUGAACAUGAGCAACGCUCGGGAAAUUGUUGGAAAUUCUUUACAGGUGGCGGUGCUGAAAUCACAAGGGAGUGAAGCAGAAGGGGGAGCAGUAAGUGCUCUGACAGUUGCACCCAGCCAGGGUCAAAAGAUCAUGACCUUUCAUGUGUCUGAGAAUGGUGAAGCAGUGCUGCAGGAGGCCUACGAGGCAGCCUCCUCUGACACUGGAGAGCUUACCCACAUAGCUAUAGAAACCUAUGAGGAUGGAGAGGAGUUCAGUGUAGUAGAAGAGCCGGCUGGAGAGAUUCACAGCCCAGAAUACAGUGUUGAUGAAAGCAGUCAGGGUUUAGAAGUCUCAGCAUCAGAGAACCUGAAAAGUGACAAGUACUAUCUAACUUCCAGCCUGGCUGAGGGUGUAUUGCAGCAAGUAGAGCUGAGCAGUGAAGCUCCAGCCUCACCUACUGCGAUAAGCUCUCCCAACACCAAGAGGUUUUGCUGCCGCAUCUGCAUGGAGUCAUUCAACGGUCGCUCCGACAUGGAGAACCACAAGAGGGCGCACAUGGAUUCCAACUCUUUUAAAUGUCCUGACUGUGAUUUCACCUCAACCUCAUGGCCUGAAGUAAAGUCUCACAUGGAGAUGCACUCCUACCUGCGCCCCCAUAAGUGUCCAAAUUGCAGCUUUGCCUCAAAGAACAAGAAAGACUUGCGGCGACACAUGAUGACCCACACCAACGAGAAGCCAUUCGCUUGCAAACAUUGUGGACAAAGGUUUAACCGUAAUGGCCAUCUGAAGUUCCACAUGGAGCGUCUCCACAGUCAGGAUCAACCCACUCGCAAGAGCCGCAGCAACUCAUCUCAGCAAACAAUCAUUGUGAACAGUGACGAAGAGGCCUUAGCCACCCUGCAGUCCCUGCAGGCACAUCAGGCAGCGAUCACUCCAGAGCGGUUGCAGGCCUUGGGUCAGGAUCACAUUAUUCUAUCUCAAGAGCCGACGCCCUCAGACCAGGAGGAAGGUCCAUACAUCCAGCAGAUAACCACCAUAGAUGGUGAGACGGUUCAACACCUGAUGACUGGAGAACCCCAGGUGGCUGAAGUUCAGUACAUCAUCUCACAGGAUGGAGUUGAGCACAUAAUUCCUCAGGAAUAUGUUGUAGUUGCUGAUGGGAACCACAUACAGAUGCCUGACGGACAGAUCAUCCAAUACGAGCACGAGCAAUCGAUUGCUGUAAGUCAUGACGGUCAGAUCCAGUACGUACCUGUCAGCUCUGAGGCUCAGAUGGUGAACGCUGAAGAUUUGGAGGCUGCUGCCCAUUCUGCUGUCACAGCUGUAGCAGAUGCAGCCAUGGGGCAGACCCAAACACUUUACACUGAGGCUACACCUGAACAGCUGGAACAGCUGCAGCAGCAGGGCAUCCACUACGACGUCAUUACCUUCAGCAAUGAGUAGCGAUGCAAAUGUGUUGUAAGCUCAGAAAACAGCAACCUCAAGGCUCUGAGCAUGAGCCUUAUCUGCAAAAGAUCAACAGCUUGUAAAAAAAAAAUCACAUUUUCACACUCAUGGCUUCUAAACUAUUGAUAGGGGCUGCACAUUUCAGAGUGUACAAGGUUAGUCUGUUUUGUAAGUUUAAGAACAGUGUUGAUGUGCCUGAACUGCUUUGACUAGCAAGACAAAGACAGCAGAAAGCCUAACAUGUUUUAGAAAAUGUUCUGUUUUUUAGUUCUUGAGUGAAAUGAAGGGGAAAAGGGAGUGUUUAUUUUGUAUCUGUAUUAAGUCAGUUGUUAGUGUGUUACAACUUACUUAUUGAAUAUUUAUGUAAAUACAUUUUUAUUAGCUUUUUCUUUUUUUAUGGAGGAUAUGUUUUGAGUUGGUAAAAAGUGUAUCAUAAUUAAGAGGCUAACACCAAAUAAAUUGCUUUGCAUAUAAA